UCGUUAACCUUUAGGGCUUUCCAAAUGGGCUCUUGUUUGGAAUCUAAACAGUAAACAUACUCACUUCCUCAGUUCCUCCCCUGCAACUCCUCCUUGAACAACCGCCAUCACUACUAAACCUACAACCUCAUAUUCUUUAGUUCUAAAAACCGCCAUUUUAAUUCCCCAAUUACUUCGACUUUUAAUUAGGGACGAAUUCCCUCUUAGGUCAAACCAAACGGGACUUUGCGGCUGUUGAUAGCAAUGGGGAAGAAGCAAAAGCAGAAGCAAAAGGUAACCCUGCCGCCGGCGCUUCCGCCUGACGUUCCCGACGAAGAUAUAGUACCUUCUGACGAAGACGUUGAAUUCGUCGAUAAAAAUCCUGCUUAUGCUAGUUUUGUCUCUCGUUUGGACACUCAAUCCAUCACCAAGCAUGUGAAUCGUGUCGCGAAUGCCAAGGAAGAUGAUUUGGAGGCAUUAUACGAAAAACGAUUGAGAAGGAAAACUCUUGAGAACGAGGAAAAGAAGGGUAUAGAGGUUGAUCGUGUUGAUGCGCUUCCGAUUAAGACCUUGGAUGGACAGCUUUAUUAUAAGACAGUUGAAAAAGAAGCAAAAAAGCCUGAAACUUCUGACAAAGAAGAUGAGAGUGAUGAAGAUAAAGGUGCUUUUAAAUUAACUAAAGCUGAAAGGAGAGCAAAGUUGAAGAAAAAGAAGAAAGAUGAAAAGAAGCAGGCGAAAGAACCUGUUAAGACCGAAGAAGAGCCUAAGGACCCUCAAUCUGAGGUUUUGGCUGAGGUGAGAGAAGAUCUCACUGCUGCUGAAGUAGCUGAAACUAAGCAACAUAAAAUUGCAGAGUUGGGUACUGCAUUGCUUGAAGACCCUGAGGCAAAUAUUAAGUCUCUAAAAGAGUUGCUUAGCUUCUGUAAUGAUGAUGAUAAAGCUAUUGCAAAAGCAGCAUUGUUAUCUUCGUUAGUUGUUUUUAGAGACAUAAUACCUGGUUACCGCAUAAGGCUUCCUACCGAGAAGGAGCAAGAGAUGGUUGUUUCGAAGGCUGUGAAGAAAUUGCGGUAUUUUGAAACAACGCUUUUGUUGUCAUACAAGGCUUACCUGCAGAGGCUAAUUAGCUUACAACCUCUCCCUGAGUACAAUCGUGUUGCUGUUCGCUGUCUUUGCACUCUUCUAGAUGCCCACCCACAUUUCAACUUUCGUGAGAAUGUGAUACCAGCUGUUGUGAAGAGUCUGGCUUCUGCAGAUGAUGUUGUGAGGAAGCUCUGUUCUACUACAAUCCAAUCUCUUUUCAAAAAUGAGGGGAAACAUGGCGGAGAAGCAACUAUAGAGAGUGUGCAGCUGAUUGCAGAUCUUGUUAAAAUUCGUAAUUGUCAAUUGCACCCGGAAUCUAUUGAAGUAUUCUUGGCUUUGUCAUUUGAUGAGGAUCUUGCAAGGUCUAAAAAGGCGGAAGAUGAUGAGAAGCGGAAAAAUAAAAAAUAUAAGAAAGGAAAGAAGUCUGAGGAGCAAGUUCAAACUGCAGUUAGUGAUAAGAAAAGAAGUAAAAAGGAAUUGCUGUCAAAGACGAGAGAUGAGGUAAACGCGGAUUACAAGGCUGCUUCACUUGCCCUAGAUGAAAAAGAACGAAGGAGGCUGCAAUCUCGGACGUUAUCUGCUGUUUUUAAUACAUACUUCCGCAUUUUGAAGCACACAAUACAGCCAGAUGCAACAAGGUUCAAGGCCAAUGCUACUGCAUCAGGCGCUUCACUUGGAGGUCAUCCACUACUCAGUUCAUGCUUGAAGGGACUGGGGAUGUUCUCUCACCUGAUUGACAUAGAUUUCAUGGCUGAUCUAAUGAAGCACCUCAAGAUUCUUGCUUCUGGCACUAAUCUGGGAAAUUCUGAUAGUUCUUUGACAGUAUCUGAACGCAUAGAUUGCUGUAUUGUUGCCUUCAAAGUGAUGAGGAAGAAUCUCGAUGCCUUGAAUGUGGAUUUACAGGAUUUCUUUAUCCAGCUUUACAAUCUCAUUCUCGAGUACAGAACAGAAAGAGAUCAAGGUGAAAUUUUGGCGGAAGCUUUGAAGAUAAUGUUAUGCGAUGAUAGGCAACAUGAUAUGCAAAGAGCUGCUGCCUUCAUUAAACGUUUGGCAUCUUCCUCCUUGUGUUUCGGAUCUGCAGAAUCCAUGGCCGCACUCGUAACUGCCAAAAACCUCCUGCAAAAGAAUUUCAAGUGCCGGUAUAUGCUAGAGAAUGAUGUGGGAGGUGGCUCGGUUUCAGGAUCAGUUGCGAAAUAUCAGCCGUAUGGCUCCGAUCCACACCUGAGUGGUGCACUUUCAUCUGUCUUAUGGGAACUGAAUCUUUUGUCCAAACAUUAUCAUCCUACCGUUUCAGCAAUGGCUUCAAGCAUCUCCAAGAUAAACACUUCUUCAAACCAAGUGUAUAUGCCGACUGUUUCUCCUCAACAAGCUUAUAACGAGCUACUAUUGGAGAAAGAACAAUUUAGCAUAAAGAGUGACAUAAAGUUGAGUAAUAAACGAAAAAGAGGGAACCCAAAUUUGUUGGGAGAAGAUGAAUCAUCUUUAGAAGUUGACGAGGAGGCUUUGAGGAAGAAACUUUCAGAACAUUAUACCGUUGUUCAUGAUAUUGUGGAGAACGAGAAACUGAGAAGGGAGUUAGGUCUUACAACGCUCUCUCUACAGGUGCAUGAAGAGUAUAAAAAGGUUAAAAAAAUUAAGCAGGAAGGAUCAAAGCAAAAGAAGAGGAAACAAUAGGCAAGAGCUAUAUCUUUUUCCCUGAGGAAUGAACUAAUAUUUUGUUAAUUUAUUAUACGAUUAAUAGUUUUGUAAUAUUCAAAUUUGGAACAAUUUUGAAGGCAGGUAAAGGGGUUAAGUUUCUUUUCCCUUUAUGUUUUA